GAAACCCUAGAAAAGUUGCUAGUUUGGUUGGCUUGUGCUUCUUCGUUCCGCGCCGGCAGAGCGAAGGACGUACUUGCAAGCGGGAGAAGAAGAGACGGAGAGGCACAGAGGUAGGGAGGGGAGAGAAUGCAAGCGAGGGAAGAAGAGACGGAGCUGGUGACGCCAGGUGAAGUGUUGGGGAAGACGUCGGAGCUGAAGGCCGGGAGGGGAGCCUACGUUGCAUCUCAUAAUAACACCGUCUACGCCUCCAUCACUGGACGCCGUUCUCUCAUUCCGCCGCCGCCGGAUUCCGCCGACCAGCGACCUAUGGUAGAAGUUACAGGUCACAAGGCUCAUGGAGCUGUUCCCGAGCCCGGUUCUAUUGUCAUUGCUCAAGUUACUAAGGUGAUGGCUAGAAUGGCUUCAGCUGAUAUUAUGUGUGUCGGGCCUAAAUCCGUGCGAGAAAAGUUCACUGGCACUAUUAGGCAACAAGAUGUUCGAGCAACUGAGAUUGACAAAGUAGAUAUGCACUCAUCCUUCCGUCCUGGUGAUAUUGUCAGAGCUUUAGUUCUAUCCCUUGGUGAUGCUCGUGCAUAUUAUCUAUCAACUGCGAAAAAUGAAUUGGGUGUCGUAUCUGCAGAAAGCAUGGCAGGUGCAACUAUGAUCCCAAUCAGUUGGACAGAGAUGCAGUGUCAAUUAACAGGCCAAGUUGAGCCGAGGAAGGUUGCCAAGGUUGGAAAACUGAAAAUGGUUUCUUUCCUUCUCCAUCAACCUCAUCCUCCUGCUCUGGCUCUCUCUUCCAGUUCGAGCCCUACCCUUCUCUUCCGGCCAAACACCCACAUCGUCCCUUCCCCAACUCGCUCCUAUAACAAACACCCGCCCUACAAGUCUCUCACCACCGCCCCUCGUUUUGCUCUCACUGAAUCAGAGGGCUCUCCCCCAUCGCUCGACGAAACAGACCCAGAAUUUCAAGGCCAACCCCAGACCCUCCUUCAAGAUCUUGCUGACAGUUUUGUUCUUCCAGCGGAUUACUUCGCGCAGCUACCUCGGGACCUUCGAUUGGAGCUGAAUGAUGCGGCUUUUGAUCUUUCCAAUGGUCCGGUGAUUGAUGAGUGUGGACAAGAACUAGGAGAGACAUUGUUAAAUAUCUCUCGAGCAUGGGAGCUAGCUGAAACAUCAACUUCCGCCACUCUAAUGAGCAAACUACCUUUUUUAGUGGGCUCCCUGUCAGACAAUGUGAAAUCAGCAUUUGGAAAGCGGUUGGUAUCUGCAGGAAGGAGGUUCCAAGCUAUGGGACAAUAUGGUCAAGGUGAACUACAAAGGAUUGCAAAAGCCAUGAUUACAUCUGGAAAGCUUUUGUCUGCAAGUCGGGUAUCUGCAGCAAGCAGCAAUGAGCCAAAACAGGAAGUUCGGAUGCUGAAGUUUGGCGAGCUUCAGGUUGAACUAACACCAAUAAAGGCUUACAUAGGUGCUGCGAUAGGCUUAGUUUUCGGGUUUCUUUCGUGGGAAGUAAGUCAAGGCAUCCAGAGUAUACCGGAGAGUUCACUGGAGUACGCCAAUGACAAUGCUUUGCUGCUUGCCAAGUCUUUACGAGGAGCGCUUCUGGCACUGUUCUACUCGUCGACGAUCUUGUCAGCUUUUGCUACUGUGGGACUUGUCUUGUUGGCAGGACGACUGCAGCCAAAGGAGAAGUGACAUUGAUUCUAAGCCUUGCUGCCUUUGCCUCUAUUCUUCUUGCAAUUCAUAUGUAUGUACAUAGUCAUACAUGUACUACUGGUACUAGGAGAGUUAUAACAAUGAGGAUCAUCAAGAGUAUGAAAUUUCUUCAUGUCUUGGAGAUGUGUGUGUAUUGGCCAAAUUUAUAUUUUUAUUGUUGUACAUUUACAUGUUUUUCGUGUGACCACCUAAAAUAUUUCAUUGUUUUUAUUA